GUUGUGCUAUGAGAGCUCAGCUGUGUGGAAGGGCCCUGCAGGUUAGUGGCAGAACAGGCCUCUCUAGGUGAAAAGAUGUUUCAGUUUUUUGGGGUUUUUGCAGCAUCUUUAGGUAUAAAACCCCUUAAAUAUAGUGUCCUUCAGGGCUAAACAAACACCACUGGGGACAGUGUAUGAUCAAGGGUCCACAUUUAACUGAGCCAGCCAGCUGCCAAUGUUCACCAACUCGCUGCGUGUCAUUUUAUUUACACUUGUAGUUUAACUUUCAGGUUCAUAGCAAGUUUUUACUGUUUGUACUAUCAACUGUAGGCUGAGGCAAAAGCCAACUAAAGUUUGUCCUUCAAAGGUUUUUUGAGUUAGAGAUGUGAGGAACAGGACCCAUCAACACAUCGCACCUCAGUAAAUCUUCCCGCAGGUCACAUAAAAAAGGCCAAAGGCUGUAUAGCUUUCCACAGAACGGUCUUUCAUCUAUUUGGAUUAAAUGUGGAAUUUGCCUUUAAUCUAUUUUUACCGCACAUGCGUGAGUUUAUGAAAGCCAUUUUCAGUACGCACAUUCCAAGCUAUUUAUGAAUCAGUGUUUAGCCAGUCCCAGAACCUCAAUUGAGUUUGUUGGUUGCAACUCUGCACAUGAAUUUGUGUUAUUCAAGUGUGCUAUUUUGUCAACACUGAAAUGGAUCAAUUGAAGUACCAGGUUAAACCAUUAGCAUGAAAUUGCUCAGUAGGUAAUGUUUCAAUGUUCAUGUCUAUCUAGCAGACUGUAACACAUUAAAACGUGAUAUCCCGUCAUGUACAGCAUGUAAUCGUUUGGCUGCAAAAUAAGUACUAAAGACAGUUUUUAUUAAUAUCAUGUAUAUAUGGUGAAAGGUGAUAAUGGACGCAUUUAAGGCACCAGUCGUGCGUUUGAAGGAGGAGAUGAUAAUGCCUGUGUUUGGCACGCGCAGUAGUACCAGCGCAGGCCCAUUGAAAUCAGGAGUUUGAUGCACUGCGACAGCUAACCGUUGGAUUGAGUUUCAGCUGCUAUAUAUAAGCGGCAUGGCCUGUGUCACUGGGCUAUUUAAAUGGCAUCCAGGCAGCUGCACUGCUGGACUGGCAGAGUCGGGCUGCUCGGGGCACAGCACCAUGAUGGACCUUUUCGAGCCCAGCGCCUAUUUCUUCAGCGACCUGCGCUGCCUGGACGGGGAUAAUGGGGUGCUGCCGCACCUGGAGAUGGCGGGGGUUUCCCCGCUAUACCACGGGAGCGACGGGCCCCUGUCGCCGGGCCGCGAGCUCGCCCCGUCCGAGACGGGGUGCGACAGCAGCGGGGAGGAGCACGUGCUGCCCCCCCCCGGCCUGCAGUCCCACGGCCCGGGGCAGUGCCUCAUCUGGGCCUGCAAGACCUGCAAGCGCAAGUCAGCCCCCACCGACCGGCGCAAAGCCGCCACCCUGCGCGAGCGGCGCCGCCUGAAGAAGAUCAACGAGGCCUUCGAGGCUCUGAAGAGGAAGACCGUGCCCAACCCCAGCCAGCGGCUGCCCAAGGUGGAGAUCCUGCGCAGCGCCAUCAGCUACAUCGAGAAGCUGCAGGACCUGCUGCACACGCUCGACCAGCAGGAGAGCCUUCCGGAUAAAGACUCCUUUCACUAUAGCAUGAAAGAGCACCAUGUUUCCAAUACCGAGUACCAGGGGAGAAAGUCUUGCCAUAACUGGCAAAACAUUGCUGAUCAUUCCAAUGUGCCGAUGACAAUUCAAAGAGAGGGAACUGCCGUUGAGUCCUCCGGCUCCUCCAGCCUUCGACGGCUGUCCUCCAUUGUGGACAGUAUUUCGAGUGAAGAACAGAAAGCUAAUUUCAGUGAGGAAGUGUCAGAAACAUGAAAUUAAUUGGCUAAAUCUAGAAUUUUAUACACGCAGCACAAAAACAUUCACAUUUCCGCCAUGUCAUUUCAAACUAUUUCUUUAUUUUAGGAAUGUAUUACAGUAGUUGUAUCUUGUUUAGGACUGUUUUAGUUGUGUCUUAUUUAAUUAACCGACACUGUGAUUGACGUGGGCAUCAUUUUUUCAAUUAGCAAUAUAAUUACUAAUUUCCAAAUUAAUUAUUUUCCAAAGUGGUUUGGAUUUUCUACAUACCUUUUUAUUUUCUAAAGGACACAAAUGACUCGAAGUACAACUGUCUUUUUUUAAACAAAAGAUAUAUAUGUACAUUUUCCAGAAAUAGAAAUGUUGUAAAUAUUUUAUAAUGAAUUAAAUUGAGUUAAAUUAUUUUGUAUUUUACAGUUUUAAAUAAAAAUUCCAAAUAUUAAUAUAUGUA